AGCGAACCCUUCAUUCAUCAGUCAUGGACACAACAACAACGACUAACUGGAGGGAUCAACUGCAGCCUGAAACCCGCCAAAUCAUUCUCAACAAUAUAAUGGGCAAGUUAAAGUUCUGUCAUCUUCCUGGGGAUGUUGAUGAAGACCUUGAACUUCAAAAAAUUGCUCAUAGUAUUGAGCAGAAAAGUUAUGGUGGUGCUACAACCCCGGCUGAUUAUUUUGAGAAAAUAGCUUCCAAGAUUCUUUUGUUGGAGAAAGCAAGAGAAAGAGAAUGGAGAUAUCAGCUUCGCCCUGAUUGCCGACAAAGAAUUGUCAACAAAAUAACGGAAACGUUAAGAAGACAUCUUCCUGUUAGUGGCCCGGAGGGAUCACAAGAACUUUGGAAGAUUGCCCGAAGGUUUGAGGAGAAGAUUUUUAUAGCUGCAACCAGCCAGAGUGAUUACCUUAGAAAAAUAUCUUUAAAGAUGCUUACAAUGGAGACUACAUCCCAGGGACGCCAUGGACAACUAUCAAAUCAGAUUGGCCUUAACAAUGAACCUGCCAAUCCAGGGUUUGGGAUGAGCAGUGACUCGUCUUCACAAACAGCUCCAAUGCGAUGGAAUGUUCGUAAUGGACCAUGUGCCUGUUUCGGACUUUGAUGUACAUAUAUCAGUAGUUCAGUACUCUUUUAGCAUGUUAUGUGGGUUUCAUUUUCUUUUUUCUCCCUAUGAUUGUUAAAUAAUCUUUUUCAUUAUUACAGAUUUGAUAAAUAAGACGAACUUAAAGAAAAAACCCUAGAUUUGGUCAUAAGAAAUACUAUAAGGAUUGUGAAAUUUAAAACAGUUAAA